UUCCCCCCCAAAGCCCCAGUAGAUAGUUGUAUGUCAUAGCUGCACAUCCUUCUAGUUGCUGUAUGUGGGACGCGGCCUCAGCGUGGCCGGAGAAGCGGUGUGUUGGUGCGCGCCCGGGAUCCGAACCCGGGCCACCAGUAGUGGAGCGCGCACGCUUAACCGCUAAGCCACGGGGCCGGCCCUAUAAAUUAGUAUUUCUAUUGACAUUUAUUUAUAGUGAUAUAUUAAUAUACAGUUGAUUUUUCCAUUCUCCUGUUGAUGGGCAUUUGGAUGGUUUCUGCUUCGGGUGAGUAUAGACAUCUGGACCCUGUGAGUGUAUUCGUCAGGGUGGAAUUGAUGACUCGCCUUCAAGAUGCUGACGGAUUCCCCAAGUGGUCAUGAUGCAUCCAUCUUUUUAAUUUUAGCUGCUGUUGUGGAUGUGGACACCAUUUCUCAUGGCUGGAUAGCAUACUCCUGCGUGAAUGUUCAGUUGAUUAAUUUAAGCCAACUCCCGUUGAUAAGCAUUUGGGUUGUUUUCAGUUUUGACUUUUCUAAACAAUACAGUGACGCACAUCUUGAACACCCUUCUUUAUGCACUUGGAACUGAUCCUGAGCAAUCAUCUUUUUGGUUAUUUCCAGUUUUAUUUUUACGUACAAAAUGACACUGGAAUAAAUAUCUUUGUACAUUCAUCUUUGUGAACUUAAAAGUUUUUUGUUUUGAGACUUUAGGGUUUUUUUCGCUUUUAACGCCUCUUUUCAUGUUGGUCUUGAGGACAGAGCCAGCCCAGGGCAGUGUUGCUGCACAUUGCAUGGGAUGAAGAGCUGAAAGCUGCUUCCUCUUGCAAGCUGGCUUCUGAGAUUGCACCUUCUUCUCCUGCUCCUCUUUCAACUCUAUGACCCUCCAAGGCAAAGCUGACCUGCCCGGGAACCAAGACAAUGCCGCAAGCAGCACAGCUACAGUCGCCACCCAAUGGGCAGAGUUCCUGCCAGCUCCAGCUCGUCCCGAUCUCCCAGACAAAGCGGGGACAUUGUAUCCACAGCCCCAGCAUGAGCUGCCUGCAUCCAGAGAGACCCUUCUGCCACAGCCGGACAAGGACAAGACGGUGCCUCGCCGCAUCCCACGCCUCCGGGCCGUGGUGGAGAGCCAGGCCUUCAAGAACGUCCUGGUGGACGAGAUGGACAUGAUGCUGUCCCGCGCAGCCACCCUCAUCCAAGCCAACUGGAGGGGCUACCGGCUCCGGCAGAAGCUGGUCUCCCAGAUGACGGCCGCGAAGGCCAUCCAGGAGGCCUGGCGGCGCUUCAGCACCAGGCGCCUCCUCCGCUCGGGCAAGGCAGUGGAGAGAAAAGUGAACGUGAAGGAGGGGGACAUCCCUUACCACCCCCCGCAGCAGGUGCGCUUCCAGCACCCGGAGGAGGGCAGGUGCCUUCUGACCCAGCCCGUCAUGGUGAGCAGGGAGACCCAGUUCCCCUCCUCCGACAGCCUGGCUGCCUGCGCCCCCCAGCUGGUCCUGUCACAGCCCCAGGGUGCUCCACAGCCCAGCACACAAGCUCCUUGUGCCGUUGGUGGCCCGGGCGUCACCUUCCUGCCACACCAAACUAUCACCAUCAGACUGCCGUGUCCAGUGAGUCUAGACGCGAAGCGCCAGCCAUGCCUGGUGAUGAGAGCUGCCAGAAGUGCCUGCCUUGUCCACCAUGUAGAAGGGGAUGUGAUGAAGACCAAGCAAGUAACUUCCAGAGCCAGUAAGGCAGGAGCCUCAGGGCCACCACCAUCUGGAAGGUAUGCCCAGGCAGUUCACGGACCGCUCAAGACCCAGACCCAGACCCACAUGGAAACAGAGGUCCUCAAAGCCCCACCCCAGGCAGGCCCACCACCUGUGAUAACCAAGACCCCACCCCCGACAUCUCCAGCAGCCACGAUGACCAAGACCCCACCCCCGACAUCUCCAGCAGCCACGAUGACCAAGACCCCACCCCCGACAUCUCCAGCAGCCACGAUGACCAAGACCCCACCCCCGACAUCUCCAGCAGCCACGAUGACCAAGACCCCACCCCCGACAUCUCCAGCAGCCACGAUGACCAAGACCCCACCUCCGACAUCUCCAGCAGCCACGAUGACCAAGACCCCACCCCCGACAUCUCCAGCAGCCACGAUGACCAAGAUCCCACCCCAGCCGUGCCCAGUGCCCAUGGUAACAAUAACCAAGACCCCACCCCAGAUGUACCUGGCAGCCCCGAUGACCAAGACUCCGCCGCAGACGAGCCCAGCAGCCACGAUGACCAAGACGCCACUCCAGUCGUGCCUAGCGGCCACGAUUAACAAGACUCUACUCCAGAUGUACCCAGCAGCCAUGAUGACCAAGACCUCACCCCAGCCGUGCCCAGUGCCCACAGUAACAAUAACCAAGACCCCAACCCAGGCGUAUCCGGUGACCCCAAUGACCAAGACCCCUCCCCAGACAUACCCACCAGCCAUGAUGACCAAGAUCCCACCCCAGCCUUGCCCAGCUGCUCCGAUGACCAAGACUCCAGUCCAGAUGAGACCAACAGCCUCGAUGACCAACACUUCACCCCAGACACGCCUGGUGGCCAUGAUGACCAAGACCCAGCCCCAGAUGUGCCCCAUGGCCACGAUGACCAAGACCCGACUGCAGACAUGUCCAGUGGCCACGAUGGCCAAGACCCCACCCCAGAUGUGCCCAUUGGCCUCGAUGAUCAAGCCCCCAACCCAGACACAACCGGCGGCCAUGAUGACCAAGACCCCACCCCAGAUGUGCCCCAUGGCCACGGUGACCAAGACCCCACUGCAGAUGUGUCCAGCGAUGGCCAAGACCCCAUCUCACACGCUCCCGGGAGCCUCAGUGACCAAGACCCCUCCCCAGACGCGCCUGACAGCCAUGAUAACCAAGACCCCAGCCCAGUUACGCUCGGUGGCCGCCAUCCUCAGGACCCUGUGCCUGCCCCCUCCAGCAGCCGGCAAUCUGAAGGCUCCACCUCCUGCAGCGGUGACAGCUGCGAUUCCCAACACCUCGUCACACACGUCUUUAAAUGCACCAAAGGCCAAGGCUGUGGUGGAUGCAAGGCAGGCAGCGGGGAUGGUCAAGUUCUCGUCCCACUCGUACUUGACUGAGGGAAAGGUGAAGUACUUCCCCCUGCCACACCUGGGGGCCGGCGCUCCUGAGGCUUCUGCCAGGCCUCCUCUGGAAGGUGAGCUGAUUAAGCCCUUCCCCCAGAAACAAGCGAAAAUGGAAACAGUAUCUAACACAUGUGUGACCGUGGAAAUGCCCAGGGCUUCCUCCUGGGCAAAAGUGGCUGAGGAUGGGAGCACGGCACACCUGAGGAUGGAUGUCAGGAAGGUCCAGUCCCAGGUGUAUGGGCCUGUAGAAACGGCGGCGGACCUGCCCCCGCCACAGCUGGGCACACGUCCAGCCAAGGCCCUGGCCCAGCCACAGCUGGCCACACGUUCAACCACAACCUCACGUCAGGCAUAUCUGCCUGCCAAGCUGACCAAGACCCAGUCCUUGGCACACCUGGACGCACAUCUAACCAAGGCGCAGUCCCAGGCACAUCUGGCCGCAGGAGCAAUAAAGGUCCAGUCCCAAGGGCAUCUGCCCACCGGGCUGACCAAGGCCCAGUACCAGGCCCAGCUGGUCUCGGAAACAGCCAAAUGCCUCUACACAGCCCACCAGGCUGCUGAGCUCAGCAGCAAGACCCAGUCCCAGCCAUUCCUGGCCGGGUUCAAGGCCUCCUCCCAGCCCUGCCAGCAUGUUGGCACCCUUGGCACUCGGCCCCGAGCCAAGCGGGAGGACAGACUAGCCCAGUUCCCGCCCCACAGCCACGCACAGGGCAAGGCCACCCAGGGCCCACACCAGGGCGCCUCCGCGACCCAGAGCUUGCCGGUGCCUCUGCUGGUGUCCGCCGGACACUGUACGUGCAACGUUGAAUCCUGGGGUGACGGCGGGGCCGCCGGGGCCCGGCCGUCAGCAGCCAGCCCGGCUGUGCCCUGCCAGGAGGAGCUGCCAGCUGCCCAGCUUGCCUCGCUGGGUGCUGAGCUGGAGGCCCUGCUGGGGUCCCGGGAAGACCUCCGUGCCCUGCUGGCAAAAGCCCUCUCCCAGGGGGAAGCGAGGGCAGCCCUGAGUCAGGCCCUGUCCAGCGAAGUCCUGGGCACCACGAUGGCCAAGGCCCUGUCCCCAGGCAUGCUGGGCACGGCACUGGUGAAGGUGCUGUCCUGGGGCAAGUUGGACAUCGCCCUGUCCCGCACCCUGUCUUGGGGCGAACUGCAGGCAAAACUCGCUAAGGCCACGCAGGGCAAACUGGCGGAUGCGCUCAGCAAGGCCCUGACGGAGGAGGAGCAAGCCACCCUGAGCCAAGCCCUGUGUCAGGGUGAGCUGGGCGCCGUCCUGAGCCAGUCUGUGUCUCAGGCGGCCCCGAGGACUGGAGUCAUCCUCCCCAAGGCCACCACAAAAACGGCGAGAAGCGGGCUGGCUGUGAUGCCCACUCCGGCGGAGGUGGACCAGAUGGGGAGCCCGGCAGCCACGUGUGGGCCCACCUUGGGCCCCAGGAGACCACAGCCCAACAAGGUCAGGGUUCCCCAGGCUGGGGCCUGGGAGGGCUUCGUCACAGGCGGGCCUGCCAGGCUCUUGGAGGGGAUGGGGGAUGGGGCCGUGACUGGGGGGUCACCCUGCUCCUCGGUGGUCCCUGUGGGAGCCUCCUUGACCUGUAGGGUGAUCACCACCAUUCAUCUCUAUCUCCUGAUUGCGGCCCUGGACCCCUGUCUACCGUGGGAGAGGGGGCCCAGCAGGGAAUUCUCCUUAAACCUGUAUCUGAGCUCUGAGAUCAGUGAAGAAAGUGUUUGCCCACACCCAAGGGUCUGUGAAUUGGCAUCAGACCUCAACCCUGUGGUGAGUGACAUGGGCCCCAGUUUGCCCAAGUCGCCCUACCUGCAGCCUCCCCCUAGUCUGUGGCAGCCGCUCAUUGCCAAUGGCGUGGGCCCAAGCACCAGCCGGCCAUCAGUGGCCAGUGGCACGGCCAUGAGCUCCCACAAUCCACACAUGGUCAGCAGGGUGGCCUCACAUCCGUGGGCAUCGUCCGGGCAGGGCAGGGUGGCCCCAGGCAAGUUGCCCAGCACUGUGGGCGGUGGGAGGGCUGCCCACUCCCACCAGCGUGCUGCCGCCUAUGGGGGGCCCGUCUGUGGGUGUCAGACCUCCAGGGUCAGCAGGGUGCCCCCCAGUGUGUAUCGACCCUUAGUGGCCAAAGGUCCACAACAGCCACCUGUGGUCCCUGAGGAGGCCAUGCAGAAGAGCCAGUCCCUAGAUCAUGAAGGGACCUCCACAGGCACUAGGGAGAUGAUCAACAAGGUGACCUCAAGUCCACUGCGGGCUGCCAUGGGCAAAGUGCCCCCAACCCGACCACGGACCCCCUGUGACAUAAUCCCGCUUCUCCUGCCUGGCUCCGUGGCUCCUGCUCAUCGCUGGGCACCCAAGACUCAGGUAGAUCCCAGCCUGUCCCCAGCCUCCACAGGCCGUAGGUUGGCACCCACCCUCCUCCGUACAGCCACCCCUGGGCGGGAGAGGAAUCAACUGCAGGGUACCAUUUCUGGCGCGCACUGCCCACAGGAGCUGCUGACAGGCCACACACUCAGGGAACUGGUGGCCAGUUUGCCACAGGAUCUAGAAGAUGACCUGGCCAGAAGCUUCUCUCAGGGCUCCACGGACUACAGCCCAAAUGUGAGCAAUUCCCAGAGCUCGCUGCAUACCUGCAGCUCGCACAGCCUUUCCACCAGUUCCGUGGCCAGCAUGACUGCUGUCCACCUGGUAGAAGAGGCCAGCUUGGAUGGGGACCUCCUUCUAGAUGCCUUCCUCUCUGGGGAGGCCAUGGAAAGGUCCCUGGGGCUUGGGGAUGUGGAAGAGACUGAGAUAGUGGGCCAUACGCACACGAUCCCAAACCUCCACCAACAGCCCUCUGCAGCCUCAAAGGUGAUCCCCAUUCUGCACCACAGCUCAGCGUCCAGUCACAUGACUUUGAGUGUCCAGUGGGGCUCAGAUGGUCAAGCAGACAGGGAUAUGUCCUCAGGCCAAAGAUCCGUGAGUCCCAAGGAGAGCUUGUCCCAGAAACCCCACAGGACAGGGCUCACAAGAAGUCUGUCUUCUGGUAACGUGGUCCCUACUGUAUCUCAGCAGCCAUCUGUGGCUUGUAGGUUGACCCCAAGCCUAUUGCAGCCAUCAGUAGCCAGCAAGGUGGCCCCAAACCCAGGCCAGGCUUCGAUGGCCAGUGGGGUCACCUUCAGCCUAUCUAAGCCAGCUAUGGCCAGGAGGGUGGCCCCCAGCCUAGGCCAGCCAUCUAGGGCCAGUGGGGUGGCCCCUAGCCUAGGCCAGCCAUCUAGAGCCAGUGGGGUGGCCCCUAGCCUAGGCCAGCCAUCUAGGGCCAGUGGGGUGGCCCCCAGCCUAGGCCAGCCAUCUAGGGUCAGUGGGGUGGCCCCUAGCCUAGGCCAGCCAUCUAGGGCCAGUGGGAUGCCCGCCAACCUAGACUGGCCAUCAAUGGCCGGUGGGGUGACACCCAGCCAAGCCCAGCCAUCUAUGACCAAUGGAGUGGCCCUCGGCCAAGCCCAGCCAUCUGUGACAGGUGGGGUGGCCCCCAGUCUAAGCCAGGCAUCAAUGGCCAGUGGGGUGGCCCUCGGCCUAGGCCAGCCAUCAGUGGCCAGUGGGGUGGCCCCCAGCCUGGGCCAGCCAUUUAUGACCAGUAGGGUAGCCCCCAGACUAGCCCAGUCAUCUAUGACCAGUAGGGUAGCCCCCAGACUAAACCAAUCAUCUAUGACCAGUAGGGUAGCCCCCAGACUAGCCCAAUCAUCUAUGACCAGUAGGGUAGCCCCCAGACUAGCCCAGUCAUCUAUGACCAGUAGGGUAGCCCCCAGACUAGUCCAGUCAUCUAUGACCAGUAGGGUAGCCCCCAGACUAGCCCAAUCGUCUAUGACCAGUAGAGUAGCCCCCAGACUAGUCCAGGCAUCUAUGACCGGUGGGGUGGCCCCCAGCCUGGCCCAGCCAUCGGUGGCCACUAUAUUGGCCUCCAGCCGACCCCAGCCCUCUGUGAUCAGUGGUAAGGGUCGUGCACUCAGUCAGCCAAGCUGCGCCCCUGGGGUGGGUUCAAAUCCACCGUCAUCAGGAGUGAACGCAGCGGCCCCUAGCCUGUGUCACCCAUCCUUUAUGACUGAAGUCCCCUUGAGUGCACCAAACCCCUGUGUGACUGGCAGCAUGGACCAGGGUCUGGGCCAGCCCUCUGAGGCCCCUGGGCUGCGCCCGUGUCGAGAUCCUCUGACGAUGAGUGAGGAAGCCCCACACCCCCAGGCCCCUGAGCUCCACGAGGUGUCUCUGGGCUUCCAUGAGCCCCUUGGUGUUGGCGGGAGGUGCCCGGGAGUAACUGAACAUUCUGCUGUCACUCCUUCCGCCCCACUUCCCUACCAAGCGUGUGUGGUCCAUGGAGAGGACUUGUGUCUGGGCCGGGCAAGCAGUGUGUCUCAGGGGGUUCUGUUCAGGGAUGUGGCUACCUGCAUGCCUCAGGGCGCCAUGGCUGCGGGCAUGUUCCUAAGCAUGUCUCAGGGACCUAUGUCUCCUGGCCUGACAGGGAGUAUGUGCCAGAGAAGUGUGACCACUGGAAUGGGCCCAAAUCAAUCUCCAGUGGCCGGUGGCAUGGCUCCCAUUGCAGCCCUGGCCUCUGUGGCAGAUGCCCCUUUGGGUCAUGAACAAGCCCCAGAGGUAGGCGCUGGCUUCUCUUGGGCUUCAGUGCCCCCUGGACUGGGUAUGAAUCCACCCACGUCCCUGGCCAGUGUGGGCCCCAGCAUGUCUCAGGUCUGUGUUGAUCUUCCAACAUCUUUGGACCUCCAGCGUCUUCCUGUUUCCGCAGUCGCUGCAUCUGGUUACCAACAAGCCAGUGCUUUCAGAUGGGAGCCUGUGAUGGGCACGGCCACUGGUCUGGUGCCAUGUUCUAUAGCUGGUAGGAUGACCACAGCUGUGGCCCUAGGAACUGUGGCCAGUGGUGUGGCCCCCAGCGUUCCACCAGCUUAUACGGUCAAUGGUGUGGCUCAGACCCUUCCUCCAGAGUCCAUGAUCAGUGGUGUGGGCCAGGGCCUUCCUCCAGGGUCUAUGGCCCGUGGCAUGGUCAGGACCCUGCCUCUGGGUUCUCUGGCGGGGGGGCUCUCCCCUAGUCUCAUUGCAGCACCUGGGGCUGGUGAGCAGAGGCGAAGUCUCCCCAUAAGACCCUCAGCCAGUCUAACUCCUCCAAGCCUGCCCCUAGGUUGUGAGGCAAGUGGGGUGGGCCCAAGUGUCUCUUCUGGUUCUGUGGCCUCCAGUGUGGUCCCAGCACCCAUGGCAGGGGGACUGAAUAAGGGCCUGGCUCUGGGGUCCGCGGCUAGCACAGCUGGUCUGCCCUCCACUGUUGGAAGCGUAGCCCAAAGCCAUCUCCAGGGCUCCAUGCUCGUGGGGAUCACCCCCCGGCCAUACCACGGGGCCCUGGCUGGGGAGGGCACAGGCCCCUUCCAGGCACCCCGCACCGCCGGCUGGGCUCCAGUUCAUCCCCAGGCCUCGGAGGCGGGUGGUACAGCCAAGGGAAGGCACCGGGUGCCCAUGGUCCUGCGAAGAGCCUCACAGUUGAGCCAGGCUCCAGGGAUGGUGCCGUCUGAGACCACAGCCAGCCAGGCCAUGAUGAAGCCAGAGGACCUGCACAAAGCUCUGUCCCAGGUGUCCGUGCCCAGUGAGGAGUCCGUGGUCCUUGAGGACACCCCGUGGAUGUACCAUAGUCCCCUGGCAACUGACAUCGACUAUGGCCAUGAAUUUCUGGUAGAGGAUGGGACUCUUCCCAAAGGCCAAAGGCUGCUGUUGGAGGAGGUGGCCCCCAGCAAAGCCGAGUCUAUGACCAGUGGCACAGCCCCUGUCCCUCCCCAGCCCUCGAGUUUUGCCAAGCACUCCAUAGCUGGCAGUGUCACCCCGACUCUGCAGCAGGGGUCAGCAAUCAGCCGGGGGGCCCCCAGUUGCCAUUCUGUCGCUGCUGGCAGGGUGCCCAGUGUGCAGACGGGGUCUGUCAAGGGUGCCGGGGCCCCCUGGGCUCAUCGGCAGGCCUCAGUGGCUCAUGUUGUGCCCUGGAGCCAUUCCCACUGGAUGGGGGCUUCCCCCACAGUCUCAGGGUCACCCAAGCUGGCCUGUGGCACUUCCGUGGCAUCCAGUUUGCACCCACGGUCUGUGGCCAGGAUGGGGACCCCGAGCACUCCCAGGAGGUCAAGGGCCUUCGGCAUGGCCCCAGGUGUGCUGCCAUAUCCGUCCAUGGCUAGCGGGGCGGCAUCUGGCGGGCUCCAGAUGGAAGCCGUCCCCAGCACACUCCAGAAGCCAGUGUCUGGGGACCUGGCUCAGAGCAGCCACCACAAGUCCCUUGGCCCAAGAAAAUCCUACAGGUCUGUGCAUGGUAGCCUCGUCUCAGAAAUGCUGGACGACUCUUUGGCCAAGAUUGUGCCUUUCCCCCAGGUGCGGGAGCACGCCCGCAGGUCCUCACAGGAAGGGCCCGAACGGUGCCCGGGUGCUCCGCUGGCCCUAACGCCGAUCCUCCGCACCGGCGAGGCGGCACAUGACAUGGCCAUCCCUCGGCCGCCCCCGGGGGUUCGGAGGGUGUCUCUGGGCUACGAGUCUUCCCCGAGUGGCUCCUGGCGGCCCCUUUUUAACCAGGAGGGGCUUCCAGGGGCUCGGGAUUUCCUCAGCGCCGUGGCCCCUGGAGACAGUCACAGGGCGUCCCUGACUCCCCCUGUACUCCAGGGCCCCACGGACGCUGGCGUGGCUGGUGGCCAAGCAUGGAACUCUGCUGUCCCCAGUGUAGCAGUCGGGCCCACAAACAGCACCACGGCCCCUGGUGGCGCAUGGGAGCUGGCCAGGGCCGCCGUACCGUGGGACGCCACGGGCGGCCGGGUGGCAGCGGACCCCAGACGGUCGGGGGAGCUGGUGGUGUCGAUCCAGGACGUGGAGAAGAUAAUCAUCCAGGCCGUGGUCACGAUCCAGGCGUGUGUGCGCGGCUACCUGGUGCGCCGUACCGUCAAGGUGUGGCACCAGUGGGCCAUCAUCAUCCAGGCCGCCUGGCGUGGCUACCGUGUGCGGCGUGAGCUGGCCCGGAUCUCCAGAGCGGCCACCGUCAUCCAGGCCAUGUGGCGAGGCUUCUGCACCCGCCGGAGCCGCGCCCAGCCAACGCUGCAACCGGGUACGUGGGCCGAGAUGGGCAGUGGGGCCAGGACCAUGUCUGACCACCGCUGCUUCCAGUCCUGCCAGCCUCACGUCUGUGCCCUCUGCCAGUCACUGAGCCCGGGACUGGGGAGCCCACCCAGCGUGGUGAUGCUCGUGGGUUCCAGCCCCCGCACCUGUCACAUGUGCGGCCAAACCUUGCCCACACGGGUGGUGCACGGCACGGGCCAGGGCUCCUCAGGCCAGGCACGCGUGCCGUGGGGCUGUGGCGCGCAGCUGACCUCCCAGAGCCUCCAGCGGUCCCACCUCCAGAACAAGGCGGCCACGACAAUCCAGUCCGCCUGGAGGGGCUUCCUUAUCCGCCGCCGGCUGAGGCAGCAGCAGGGAGCAGCGAAGAUGCUUCAAGCCACCUGGCGCGGCCACCACGCCCGGUCUUCCCUCACCACAGACGCACUCCUGGGGCCAGCGGCCUGGGAUGACCCGCAGCACAUGCAGUGGCCAGGCGUCUAGGACCGUGGCUGCCCGGUGCGGGGACCUCCGGGAGGGGCCGUGUGGCUCUCUGGAUCUAAUGAAUAAAGCCCUGCGC